CAAACCGACUGUCCGCCAAACCUGAAGUAGUUAGAAAAACAGACUCCGUAGAAGUUAUGAACGGUUUGAAUUGAUUAGCUAGCGAUGGCUUACAUGAUAAGUUUUUGUAUUAAUUAACAAUUCAUAAAGAUGUCACGACAUAGAAAUGUCAGGAACUACGCUUAUGAAGAUGAUAUGUCAGAUGAUGUCUAUGGGCAUUCUGUGGAAGAUCAUGACAUGUGCGUUUCACCGUCUACAGCACACCAGUUUAUGUACAACCGCAACAAUGAAGACCACAAGAGAAAUGUUUUUGGUCAUUACAUGGACACACGGUUUGGUAGUGUAGAAGAACAAGUUGAAGAAGAAGAACAGUCAGAGGAAGAAGACCUUUUGUCCCAUUCACAGGAUUACAGAAGACCACAAUUGGAUCCUAUCAGUCAAGCUAAACUGUCAUCAUGUUUGGAUCAGCUCCAGUCAAUCUUGGGCGAUGACUGCCAUGAGCCAACAGCAGUUGAAGCAAUUAUCAAGUUUGAUUUUGAUGCUGAAAAAGCCUUAGACUACAUCUUUGAAAAAGGAAACAACAAAGCCAGCAGCAAGCAGACAAAGAAAUCAGAAAUCAAARGCUACAGUGAACAAUCUUCCAAGACAAAGUCUCAACCUGAACAAAMCAUGGUUGCUGCAGCAAUCCCAAAACUAGCUGAAGUUCCGGCAAAGGAUUCAAGAAUUUUCUCCCCCAAAUCAAGCAGCACAACAACAAGCAAUGCAGCCAAUGUAGUGGUUGGUUUCUCAACGCCUGUAAUUCCACAAAGCAGAUCUACUGCAAGUUCCCCAGAUCAUAUUCAAGAUGGGGCAAAGCUGGAAGAUUCAAAACUAGUCAAUAAGUCUCCUGAUGUUCAACAGAAACCCAAAAGCUCAAAACAGUUAGACGUUAAAGCUGAAUAUGAAAAACGUCAGCAGGGAAAAGAGUUGCUCAACCUUGUAGUCAUUGGUCAUGUUGAUGCUGGUAAAAGUACACUGAUGGGUCAUUUGUUGUUUUUACUUGGUGAUGUUUCCAAGAAAGCCAUGCAUAAAUAUGAAAAUGAAUCCAGGAAAGCUGGCAAGGCUUCUUUUGCCUACGCUUGGGUGCUGGAUGAGACAGGCGAAGAAAGAGAAAGAGGUAUCACUAUGGAUGUUGGUCUCACACAGUUCUCCACAAAAACAAAGGACAUUACUCUAAUGGACGCUCCUGGACAUAAGGACUUUAUACCGAAUAUGAUAACAGGAGCAGCACAGGCUGAUGUUGCUAUUUUAGUCGUGGACUCCAGUACUGGGGAGUUUGAAGCAGGAUUUGAAUCUGGUGGUCAAACUAGAGAACAUGCAUUGCUUGUACGCUCACUCGGAGUAACACAACUCAUUGUUGCUGUGAAUAAACUUGACAAUGUUCACUGGAGUGAAGACCGGUAUUUAUAUAUCACAGGAAAACUUAAAACAUUUCUGAAGCAGGCUGGUUUUAAGGAAUCUGAUGUUGUGUAUGUGCCUUGUAGUGGUCUCUCAGGUGAAAACCUCGUUAAGAAAUCCUCAGAAGAAAAGUUGAUAAAAUGGUACAAAGGUCCUUGUUUAUUGGAGAAGAUAGAUAGUUUUAAGACUCCUGUUCGGGAUAUGGAUAAACCCUGGAGAUUUUGUGUUUCUGAUGUUUAUAAAGGAAUGGGUACAGGCAUCAACCUCGCAGGUAAAAUGGUGGCUGGUAGUGUACAGAAUGGCAACAAGGUGUUAGUUAUGCCUGCUGGCGAACAAGGACUUGUUAAAGCUUUGGCAAUUCACGAAGAAACCGCCUCGUGGGCAUGCGCAGGAGAUCACGUGACGCUCACACUUUCAGGUGUUGAUGCAAUGCAUGUCGGAGUUGGCAGUAUCUUGUGCGAUCCAAGUUCUCCUGUUAAAAGCUCUACAAAGAUGAAAGCACGAAUAAUUGUAUUUAAUAUUGAUAUACCGAUUACAAAGGGAUUCAUGGUAUUGUUUCACUAUCAAGCUAUGAGUGAACCAGCAACAAUCAAGCGGUUACUGGCUUUACUCAAUAAAAGUACUGGUGAAGUAUUAAAACGAAAACCAAGAUGUCUCUCCAAGAAUUCUAAUGCUGAGGUGGAAAUCCACACAAGUCGACCGGUCUGCGUUGAACUAUACAAAGACUACAAGGAYCUUGGCAGGUUUAUGCUGCGAUACGGCAGUGACACCAUUGCAGCUGGAGUAAUAACGCAGGUAUUGUGAGACGAAACUGACACACGAGAUGCUCAAGAAUUCGCUAUUUUAUCACGAAAUUUAUCAUGUCGUCCAAGGAGGCCGGAAAAAUUAGUUUUAACUAAUAUCAAAUAAAACAGAAUCAAAAUUAGA